GAACAGACAAGCGUCUCUGUGAACCGUGCCCAUCACGCCUACAUUACGCCUUAUUUGGGCACAGGUGACCGGAAGUAUCUAAUUUUAUGGCGGCGGGAUGAAAGGCUCAAAGACGUGCAACAACAACACAUCCUAACUGGAUCUACCAACGCCAAACCCCAUGGACGACCGUCUACGCGUGGUGGCCGUGAUACACGCGUUGAAAGCAUCUGGAGUUCGCGUGAAAAACUGGAAGAACUUCUUGAAUGGGCCAUACACGAGCGACCCUGUCAGACAGGAGAACCAAUCUAAAUUUGCUUUUGGUCGGGACCUGAUAUUGCUGCCACAGUGUGAUUUAACUGAUAUGAGUGGGACAGUGCCAAAGUUCUUGGUGGAUGCCUGUGAAUUUUUAUCCCAGCAUCUUCAUACUGAAGGGCUGUUUCGAAAGACCGGGUCGUUUAGUCGGAUGCGAGCUCUGAGGGCCUUCCUGGAGCAGGGGGAGCCAGUCUUUUCUCUGCCACAUUCAGCCACUCUGCAGCCCUGUGAUGUGGCGUCUCUUGUGAAGCAGUUCUUACGGGAGCUGCCCUCGCCCCUCAUCCCUAUGGAGCUACAGGUGCCACUGUGUCGUGCACAGGGCUUAGAGGAGGAGGAGGGGGGGCAGGAGCAGGGCAAGGAUGGAGCUCUUCUUCUCACAGCCCUGUUCCCCCCCUCGCAUUCACGGGCCCUCCGAUAUUUCUGCACCUUCCUGAGACAGACGGCUCAAAGAUGUAAAGAGAAUCGUAUGGAAGUGGGCAAUCUGGCUCUUGUGAUUGCACCUAAUCUGCUACAUUGUCCAGCUGGGGGCUCUAAACUGACCGCAGGUACAGAGAGACGACUGCAUAGACAAGCAGCAGUGAUCAAGAAACUCAUAAUACACGCUGAUCGCAUUGGUGUUGUCCCUCCUUCUAUUAUGGACAUGGCAACAGUAGCAGAGUCCUCCACACCCCCAGUUGAUGGGGGGAGGUUUCAGGAGAGGGCAGGACUUGGUGUGUAUAGACUUUUAGCACAUCAAAGGAGGCGAAGUGUUGGAGAGAUAUUUGUGGAUGCUCUCAGUAAAUUGAAGACAGGCCGCACUCACACUGGCCUUUUACAUCCCCCAGACAGCCAGCAAAAUACAAAGACUGCUCACCACAAAACACCUGAAUCACCAGUCACAUCUAAACGAAAAUCGACUGAAGAUCCUGUCCCUGAUGUUGAGAGCUCUGCUAAAAAAAGACGGUCUAUCCAUGACCUUAGAGAAGACAACCAAUCCAUGAGCAAACAACCCUCCAAUGAUUCCGAGGCGGCAGUCGGCCAAAGCCCUACCCGCUGUCACACUUCUGUCCUGAGUGGAGUGGAGGGCAGUAGGGAGCACGAGCUCUCUGUCACUCUCACUGCCCCAGAGAAGAGGAGGAAUCACAAGAAAGAUUAUAAAACAUCAAACAAGCAUCCGGGGCAGGAGGACAAGGCUCAUCGAAGGACAUCUCUUAGAUUCUUCAACAUGACAAUCUGGAGCAGCCCUGACCCUUCCCCCACAUCCAUUGGGAAUGACACUGAGAAUUGGAUCAUGGGCAAUAUAAGGGUCACUGAUGGUAUGACUGAAGCAUCAAGCUCUGAGGUUGGACCAUAUAGGAUUCCUGUCAUAAUGACUGAUGGUAUGACUGAAGCAUCCAGCUCUGAGGUUGGACCAGCCAGGAUUCCUGUCAUAAUGACUGAUGGUAUGACUGAAGCAUCCAGCUCUGAGAUUGGACCAUCCAGGAUUCCUGUCAUAAUGACUGAUGGUAUGACUGAAGCAUCCAGCUCUGAGGUUGGACCAGCCAGGAUUCCUGUCAUAAUGACUGAUGUUAUGACUGAAGCAUCCAGCUCUGAGGUUGGACCAGCCAGGAUUCCUGUCAUAAUGACUGAUGUUAUGACUGAAGCAUCCAGCUCUGAGGUUGGACCAGCCAGGAUUCCUGUCAUAAUGACUGAUGGUAUGACUGAAGCAUCCAGCUCUGAGGUUGGACCAGCCAGGAUUCCUGUCAUAAUGACUGAUGGUAUGACUGAAGCAUCCAGCUCUGAGGUUGGACGAGCCAGGAUUCCUGUCAUAAUGACUGAUUGCCCAGGACAAGUGGGGAAUGAAGUGGAGGAUGAGCCUGAUCUGCUGAAUUACAGCUUUGCUGAAAAUCCUGAUCACUUCCUAGAUCUCGCGACAUUGGACUCCCCUAUCAGGACACAAGCUGGGGAAUCAUGUGAAUGCUCUGGUGUCAAGUUGGAAAACGAGACAAUAGAGGAAACCGUUAGACAGUAUGAAACGAACCAUGUAUUGAGGGGCCCAGAGCAGGUUGGGAUAAAAGAGGACCCUAAAGACGUGAGUCUAAGCAAGAAGCAGUCAGAAGUGGAUAUAUCUGUCAGUCAGAAGCCCCGUCACCCUCGUCGCUCCAUCAGUAUGCCCGAGGUGACAUUGGACCAACUGAGGAUUCAAGAUGAAAUUUACAAGAAAGAGAAAACAGAUUGGAUGAUCGAGAAAGAAGAUGGAGUCUCUGAGGACACACUUCAACUGCCGGUGAAGAAAGGGAAGGUGACCGAGUCAGGACUGGGGUUUAAGAGGACACACCAGCACAUGUCUGUAGCAGAGCGCAUCAGACGGUUUAACGCUCUGACAACGCUGCUCCGUAACCCCAGGGUUCCUCCAAGGCCCCCUGAACCUCAGCUCAAUGAUGUCCUGCAUGAGAGUCAACGGGAGGGGGGUCAGCGGAGCGUUGUACGUCUGCGCCGGCAGGGAGCACGGCGGUUUGGACGCUCCAUCAGUCAUGAUGGUGUUCCCAGACCUUGGCCAGGACAAGCCUCUAAAAAUCAUCAAGAGGUGCCAGUGGUUGUUCAAAGCCUCAGUGAGCCAGUCCUAUGUCCACCUCCAGAGCCCGCUCUUAGUGUUUAUCCAUUUGCCCAAGAGGGACAGUUUGAAAUCCAACAUACUCCUCAACUACAACAGGAAAACCUCAUGCAGACCAUCCAGGAUUUGUGCGGUCCUCCGUCACCCAAUCCAAAGCAGAACAAGGAAUCCUGCCAAGGGCUAUUUAAAGAAUCACAAUUGAAUCUCAAGGAAAGACAAUUGGAACCUGUGGAGGAACAACCUAAGGAGUCAGAGCUACAUGAUGAUCUGCUGGAGAUGCACUUGAAUACAUGCAAUCCAAAGGAGGAGCAAGAGAAACGCAUCACAGUUCCAAUGCAGGUGAAUAGACCGUUUCUGACCGAUACGGUCUUAGAUGUUCCACCUCAGACCAUGGCCCCCCUACAGCAGGAGUCCAAAAGUACAGAAGUCAAACUCCCUCUCCCUUUUCCCUCCAAGCCCUCGUCUCUCUCUCAAACAGAAACAUGCUCUCCCAUUCCCAGUGGACCCUCUCCCACACCACUAGACAGAACAUCAACUGACCUCUACACUGCACACUUGGUGGCUAACUGCUCCCUUUCCUCUGUCAUGACUUUUGGCUUCAUAGAGAUAGACAUGGGGGUCAGUGAGAGUGAUGGGGGUUCUGUCCCCGUUGAACUCUCUCCAUCACCAGUCUUGCAGUUCAGGCUCCCGGCCACCAAGAGACGCUACAGAGACUCGCCCUGCUGGCCCGUCCAUGAGAUUAGCAUGGCCACAGGGGACCCUCUGCAGAUCUGAGGGGUACAGGACAGACUAAAUGGUACUCCGUAACUAACGGAGUAGUAGGGUUUAAAAAUGGGGAAAAUAAGAUCACUCGCAUGAAUGCCAUGUUUUUUUAAAAUUUUUAUAUAUAUUUAAUUGUCUGUUAUGCCAAGUUAGGUUAUCCUAGAAAAGUAGUAUUUUAAAGCAGCAGUCAGCAGUAGAACAAUAACAAAGUGGCCUCCCUGUUUCGGUAAAAAGCCGAGGGAUGGGCCUGGAGAAAUGUAACCACUCUCAAAUGUAUAGACAAAGCUAUGGAUGCAAGGACUGCCUGUCCAUAAUAUAACAAUUAUAGUUUUAAUCAUGUAUUGAGACUAUAUCGUGUUUGUUUACAUUGUUUUUCAAACAUUGGAGUAAAAUAAGCUUAUUUUGGGUUCUGAUGGUGUACAACAUUUACUAAGCUGUCAAUCAAUGGGUAAAUAUCAUUCUCAUAUCAAGUAAAUUAUAUUAUGUAGCAACUGAUUGCCCCUUUUUUAAGGUGUUUUCAAGUGUUUGAUUUAUUAUAGUCUCUGCUGUGUUUUAUUAUUGUCAAGUUGCGUUUUACAUAUCUGACUAUCAUUUGUGUAAAUGUAUGUAUUUCAGUUUGAAUAAAAUUAUUUAUUUUUA